UUGACAAAUACUUGACAGAUUUGACCUAACCUAAAAAUGGCAACAAAAACAAUAUUUAGUAUUUUCACUUGUGUUUUUGCUUUUUUAUCAAAAAUCUCAGUUUAGCAACAUUAUUCUUCUAUUUUUGAGUCACACUGACAACACCUUAGCGCCCUCUCAAGCCAAAAAUACGAAAUACAAUAUUUUUGACAAGUGUUUGACAGUGACAGUUCCCUAACCUCAAAAUGUCAACAAUAACAAUCACGGAAAAUUCCAAAGUGAAGAAUAAAGAAAAGGAUUUGAAACAAGCCACUAGUUCGAACGAUCUUGACGCAGUUCUAAACAAGGUUAAGAAGAUUGAUAACACUUGUUCAUUUAUAAAAUGCAAAAAUCGAACCAAUGAUUUUGCCAUUGAAUGUAAAUAUUGCAAGGGAAGAUUUUGCCCAACUCAUGGACUUCCCGAAAUUCACGGCUGUGGGGACGCUGUUAAAAAAGACGAAAGACAGAAAUAUUUGCACCCUAAUGUGAAGUUGACACAAGAAAAGCAUUCACAAGCCCAAACUAAACUCAACAUGAAACUGAAGCAAAUGCAACAGGAGAGGAAGGCCAAACAAGGGUCCACAAGUAAAGGAAAGAAAUGAAAAAUUCUCUUGUUAACACCAGUUUGUAAUUUAAUAAAAUCCAUUAACAUCAACCACGGCCAACUGUAUCUAUCUCCACUUCGUUCCGAUAAAUUAAAUUAAAUUUUUUGUAAAAUUUGUCAGUGUUUGCAUUAUGAUUUUUGAAGGUUCCAAAAUUAUCAUCAUAAUUUAACAUUGGAGUUUAUUUAUGUAAAAUUGUUUAUGGAUUCCAAAUAUACCUAUAUUUAGUUUU